UUUCAUGUUGAAACAGUGAAUGAUGACAGGAAAGUGGUAUUGGAUUAUUUUAAAGAGUGAUUUCUGGACUGGAGGUGGGGCUUAGUUGGUAGAGUACUUGCCCAUAAUACACUAGGCCCUGAGUUCAAUCCCCAGCACCAAAACAAAUCCGGGGUGGUGACACAUGCCUAUAAUCAAGGUCAUACUUGGCUACAUCGCGAAUUGAAAGCUGGUAUGCAUGAAAACCUUGUCUUAAAAAGCCAAAAACAACAACAACAAAAUGCUAAAAAGUUAAGUCAUUUCAGUUCUGUUUUGUAGGAAUUAAUAGUUGGGAGCUUUUGGGUUUGGUUGUUUCAUUAUUGUACAGUAGCCUUCCAGAUUUUCAUAGUAUCUGUUUUAUUGGAAAUUCUGAGCUGUCUGUCAUUAACAUUUCUUAAGAUAUGGUCCUCAUUUUCAGAGAUUUUGUCUAGCACAUAGAUUAAGGAGCAUAUUUAAGGAAAACACUUCAUUUAUCUAUAGUUCCUUUUAUUAUUUUCUAAAAGCCUGUAGCUACAGUGGAGUGGAGGCAGUUCUUAGAUUUUGAAAGUAAGUUGAGUUGACAUAAAGUGCUACAGUUCGGAUAGCUAGACAGGGAUUAUGAAUACCUGUGUCAAGAAUGCCUUAGGCCACCCUCAGGUUUGAUGAUUUAAUGGAAAGACACAGUAUCCAGUACAUGUCUUUAUUAUGGCUAAGAUUUAUUACAGCCAUAGGUUACUAAGCAGAAUCAGCAAAGGGAAGAGCUACACAGGUAAAGCAUGGAGCGGCCUGCGAGUUCCUUCCCAGUAUAGAGUUGUACAGGAUACAUGUAAUACCUCCAGCAGUGCAGUUGUGACUGCACACCAAGUAUUUCCUACUUAUAAGACUCAUUAGAGGCCGACCUCCGGGUCUGAGAAGAGCAGGAGGAGGUGGCGGCCUCGGGAAGAUGGCUCCUUCUCCUACCAAAUGCAAGGACCGCUCUGACGAGAAGUCCAAGGAUCGCUCUAAAGAUAAAGGGGCCACUAAAGAGUCGAGUGAGAAGGAUCGUGGCAGGGAUAAGACUCGGAAGAGACGCAGUGCUUCAAGUGGAAGCAGCAGCACCAGGUCUCGAUCCAGCUCAACUUCCAGCUCGGGCUCCAGCACCAGCACAGGUUCAAGCAGUGGCUCUAGCUCCUCCUCUGCGUCCAGCCGCUCUGGGAGCUCCAGCACAUCCCGGAGCUCCAGCUCUAGCAGCUCCUCCGGCUCCCCCAGCCCUUCCCGGCGCAGGCAUGACAACAGGCGGCGAUCCCGCUCCAAAUCCAAACCACCUAAAAGAGAUGAAAAAGAGAGGAAAAGGCGGAGCCCUUCACCUAAGCCCACCAAAGUGCACAUUGGGAGGCUCACCAGGAAUGUGACCAAGGAUCAUAUCAUGGAAAUAUUUUCUACUUAUGGGAAAAUUAAAAUGAUUGACAUGCCUGUAGAAAGGAUGCAUCCUCAUCUAUCCAAAGGCUACGCAUAUGUAGAGUUUGAGAAUCCAGAUGAAGCGGAGAAGGCGCUGAAACACAUGGAUGGAGGACAAAUUGAUGGCCAAGAGAUCACUGCUACUGCUGUGUUGGCACCCUGGCCUCGGCCACCCCCACGGCGAUUCAGCCCACCCAGGAGAAUGCUUCCACCGCCCCCCAUGUGGCGCAGGUCACCCCCAAGGAUGAGGAGGAGGUCUCGCUCUCCAAGGCGCAGGUCCCCUGUGCGUAGGAGGUCUCGAUCUCCCGGCCGCCGCCGCCAUAGAAGCUGCUCCAGCUCUAACUCCUCCCAAUAAACAGGGACGUUGAUUCGUACCUCUGUAACUUAUGUUCGUACCUCUGUAACUUAUGUUCCCCCAACUCAGUUUUGUCCUUUCUUUAGCCAACGAGGGUCUGUGUGGAAGGAUCCCUUAACGGGGUGGGCUUUGAAGACAGCAGUUGAGAUAUUUCCUCUGCAGGAUUCUGGCUGCAGAGGUACUGUUGAUUCAGGACUGUGCCCAUAAAGGUGCCCUGUAGUUUUCUGGCUAGAAAGUUCACCCUUCCCGUUCUUGAGAGUCUAGUUUAUAGCAGAGCCAGGUGGGACGAGCAAGCCUCCAUAUUGCAACACACCAUUUUCCACAGAUGGCCUAGGACCUGGGCAACAUGGCCGUACCCUUGCUGUUGCUGUACCACAUCUGCGGAAAGGGGACCAAGCUGCUGUGCUGUUAGGCCUGACCAUGUCCCCUUUGGAGUCCUCGUCAACUUCUAGGGUUAAACACCUUUAUCUUUCCCUGCCCCCAGGUCUCUGUUAUUCUCUGAAAUUGGUGAGCCAGUUCUACAGGGUCCUCAAGGAACCUGCCACCACACUCAUUGUCACCUGCCAUUCACGGGGAUGUUGCAGGUUAACCUUGGCAGUGUAUACAUUGCCUCUUUUUGCUUUUAUUGUACAGUCAGUACUGUAAAUUUUGUUUUGAGUUUUAUGACUUUGUAGUAUUUUAGAUAAGGUCGUUUGUACUUGUGUAGAGUGAGAGGACUGUUGAAUAAACCUUGGACUAGAUGCAAACUGAAAAAAAAAAAAGACUCAUUAGAGACUCAGUACCCAGAGGUUUGGUUGAUGGUUCAUGUGGACAUCCUCUGCCUAGCAUUUGCUAAAUUCUAGGUGCCCAGAGUAAAGCCAGAUAUUAGGCAUAAAUGAUUCUUCUUUGCUCUGGUGAAAGAAGUUCUUCACCCAAACUGUUUCAAGGGAUUUAUUGAGAGGGAGGAAGGAAUCUAGGGGAGUGGCUGCCUCUCUGUCAGGGUGGAAAAGGGCAGCUGCCAACUGAAUAAGCACAGGGCUUAUAUUGUAUAGGACUUCUUAGAUGUGGAGUUCAGGGUGGGAAUUGGUCAGAUUUCAAUCCCUGAGCUUGAACAAGCUGGGUUUCGUGCUUGGGGAUUAGGUGGUUUCAUGCUCAGUUGGUCAGGGGCAGGAAGUGUUUCUUUGGCUCUG